AUGUAUGGUGAUAAAUUAAGUAUAGCUUGUUAUGGUGAUAAUAAACUAUUAAGCAAAUUAAAUUAUUUUUUAAAAGUUGAUGUAUAUGAUUUAUCAGAUAUAAAAUUAGAUGAGAGGAUUAAGAACUUACGUAUUAAUUUAAGAUAUAUAUUUUAUAAUAAUCCGAUAUCAGAAUAUUUUAAAAAUGAAGAAAGUUUAUUAUCAGAAAGGUCCUUGAUAUAUAUAUAUUUUUUAAGUUUAAAUAAUAUAGAUGAAUAUAAGAAUGAAAAAGAAUAUAUUUUGAAUAGAUGUCGAGAAUCACUUAAUGAUGAAAAUGAAGAAUUUAUUAUAAUAUAUGCAUAUAAUAUAGAUGAUAAUUUAAACGAAUUAAAAAAUAUAAAAAAGAUUAAAUCAGAUUUUAGUCAUAAUAUUUUAAAAAAUAUUAAAAUUUUAAGUUUACCUAUUUUAGAAGAUGCAAAUUAUUAUACAAAUAAAAAGAUUAGUGAAUUAUAUGAAAAUUUCCAGACACGUUAUUGUGAUAUUUUAAAAAUAUGUAUUGAAAAAAAAUAUAACUUAAUAAAAAAUGGAUAUAAUAAAUGCUUAGCUAAUUUUUUAACUUGUACUGAUAUAAAAAAAAAAACUACAACUGAUAAAAAAAAAAAUAAUCAUGUUUUUAAAUUGGUUGAUAUAUAUGAUCAGAACAAAAAAGAGGAAGAAAAUAAAAAUAUGUCUACAAAUAUUGAUAUGAAUAAUAUAAAUUGUAAUAAUAGUAUUAUAAAUGAUAAUAUUGAUAAUAAUAUAAAUAAAACAAAUGAGAAAAUAACAAAUAAUAUUUUUGAAGGAUCAAAUGAAUUUAUUGAUUUUUAUAAGAAACAUAAUGUAUUUUCAUUUUGUGAUGAAUAUAUAGAUAUUCAUUUUUUUUUAUAUCAAAAUAAUAUGUGUUCAUAUAUUAAUAGUUUACAAUUUAAUACUGAUUUUGAUGAACAGUUAUAUAUAGAUAUGUAUGAUAAUUUUUUAUCAGUUUUUAUGUGGAAUGAAAAUUUAUGCUUAUUAUAUAUAAAAUUAAAUUUAUAUAAAAAAAGUUAUAUAUUAUAUAGUAAUAUAAAUAAAUUAUUUAUGAAAUAUCUCAAUGUAUAUAUUAAAAAAAAAAAAUGUAUUAUUCAUUCAUCAUUAUUAUUUGAAAAAAAUUAUCUUACAAUAGCUAGAUAUAUUAGAGAAAAACAUAUAUGCUCAUUACAUUUAUUAGAAUAUAUAUUUUUUAAAAAAAUUACCAUAUUAUUAUUCUUAAAUAAAUUUUCUUAUAUAUCCAGUAAAGCUUUAAAAUUUUCUCAAUUCUUUUAUAUUAAUAAAAUAUUUAUAUUUAUGCAUAAUUUUAAUCGUUUCAAAAAUAAUAUUCUAAGAAAUUCAAAUGAUAUUAAUUAUUUAAGAACUAUUCAAAAGAAGAUUAUCAAAUAUAAAAAAAAAGUUGAUAAGAGACAAUCAAAUCAUCAAACGAAUCAGAAGGCAUAUGUACACAUGUCAGAAAAAAAUAAAUAUAUCACAGACAAUAAAUCGAAUAACCAUGUUAAAAAUAUAUCAGACGACGAGAGCUAUUCAAAUUGUAGUGCAAUGCAUCCUAGACCUACAACUAAAAUAAUAAGUGAUAUGGAUGAAGUAUUUAUAAAUAGUAACAGUAUGGAUAAUGUAAUUGAUGAAGACGAGGAAAUUUAUGAAGACCAAAAUAAAAAAACACAUACAAAUAUAAAUAUAAAUAAUAUUAAGGAUGACCAUAUUUGUGAUAAUAAUAAUAAUAAUAAUCCCAUUGGAGAACAAAAGGAUGAACAUCAUACAAAUAAUCCACAAACAAGUAUUAGACAAUAUUCCAAUAUUAAGGAAAAAAAAAAAAAUUAUAAAAAUCAUGAACAUAUCAAAUAUGAUAAUUAUAACAACAACAAAAAAAAAGAACAAUACAAUAAUUACGAUUUAAAUAUAUUCAAAAGUGAUGAAGAGAAAAUAUAUUUUCUAUUACAUUGCUGUUUUAUGAAUAAAGAAAAUUAUUUUGCCAUAUAUUUUUACAAUUUAGCUAAUUUGAUUAAAUUUUUAUUUGAAAGAAGAGGAUAUUUCUUGUAUCAAGAAGGAUAUAUGAAAAAAAUUAAUAGUGACAAGAAUAUAAAAAAAAAUUUAAAUUUUAGUAAAUAUUUAUCAUUACAAAAAAAUAUUAUGAAAUUAGGUUAUAAAAAUAAUUUUACAACAAAAAAAAAGAAAUCAAAAAAAAGUCUUAAAAUAAAAUCAAAAAGAAAUAGUUCUAUAGACGAAUCUUAUUCAUCUCAGAUUUCUUCAACCAUAUCAGAUAUAUCAGAUAUAAAAAAUACUUAUAAAUAUUUUUGGUAUAAUGAUUUUUGUAUAAAUGUAUCAAACAUAUUUAAACUUUCGUUUGUUAUCUUAAAAAAUAUUUUAAAUAUUUAUCAUACUUAUCAUAGUAUUUUUGAUAAUAUGGAUAUGAAAAACAGAUUAUACUUUUUUAAUUUGUUCAUAAAUUAUUUAGAAGAAAAAAGAUUUGAAAAAAAUUUGGACAAAGCAGAUCUGGAAGACAAUAGGUAUAUUAAUAAUAUCAAAGGUUUUAAUGAUCAUACAAUGAACAACAACAAUAAUAAUAAUAUUAAUAAUAAUAAUAAUAAUAAUAAUAAUAAUUAUAUGGAUGAUAAUAUUAUAAAUGAUAAUAAUAUUAUAAAUGAUCACAUUACAAAUGAUAAUAUUAUAAAUGAUAAUAAUAUGAAUUUAAAUAUCAGUUAUAAUAAUAUUAAUAAAGAUAUAAAUAGUGACCCUAAUAAUAUUAUUAAAAAAGAAAAUAUCUAUCAAAGCUUUCCAAUUUAUCAAAUAAAAAAUUUUUCAAAAGAUAAUGAAAAGAAAAAAAAUUCUCUAUUAUUAAAUAUUAUGAAUAAAAUUAUAAAUCUAUGUCAUAGGAAAUAUAAUAAUGUAUCAAUAAUAAAUAAAUUCUUUUUAGCUAUAUUAUUAUAUGAAAACAAAUUUUAUAAAAAAUCUAUGAAGUUAAUUAAAAAAAUUAUCAAACGAUCAGAUUAUGAUUUCUUAACUAUAUUAUGCAUGCAACUAUUAUUAUAUCAUAAAGUAAACAAUAAAUUUUAUCAUCUCUGUUCUUCUUUCUUUUUAUCAAACAAGUAUAUCAAAAUUAUGCCUUUUAAAAAUAUGAACAUUAAUUUUACAUCUUUUUAUAAUUUCCAAUAUCAUUUAUUUUCAUUGAAUAAUAAUCAUUCAAUCCUUAAUUUAGAACAAAAAAAGAAUUAUGACACACAUUUUUAUGAUGCUUUAAAAAAUAAGGUAAUAUACUUAUUAGAUGAUUUAUUAAAUAUUCAAAUAGAUGAAAAUAAUAAGAAUAAUAAAAAUGAUGAACAAAUUAAAAAUGACACAAUGUCAGAAGGAAAUGAAAUAUAUGAAAAUAGACAUACGCAAAAUGAAAUAAAAAAAUCAGAAAAUAUAAAUUCAUAUAAUUCGUCUCAUAUUUAUAAUAUUGAUCCGAAAAUUUUAUCAUCUAUUAAUAAGAACAAAUUAAUAAAAAUGAAAACAGAAAAAUUUUGUGAGGAAAACUAUUUUUUUCAUAUUAAUAAAUAUUUUUUAAAAAGUUUGAAAAAAUAUAAUUUCCAUAUUUCAAAAAAUCAAAAAAAUAAUCAUAUAUAUAUCCCAAAAACAAAUAUUAAAAUAUUAAUUCAAUCGAAUUAUAACUUGUAUAUGUUUAUGUCAAAUAUGAUUUUUGAUAAUGUAGAUGAUAAAGAAGAAAAAGAUGAAAGUAAUAUGAGUGAAAAUAUACAUGAUAAUAGUUCAUAUGAUAACAAUAAUAACCAUAACAAUUGUAAUAAUAAUAAUAAUAAUAAUAAUAACUAUCAUAUAAGUGGUGAGAAUAAAAUAUUUAAUAAAAAUAUUGAACACAUAGAAUUAUUACUUAAUUUUAAAUUAAAAAAAAAAAUAGAUAAUCAAUGUUAUAUUGGAAACAUAAAGAAAAACAAAAAAAAAAAUCAUUACAAAAAUGAUACCAAGAGACUUAAAAAAUUAUGUGUACAGUAUGAAGAAAAAUUAGAUUUAUUUAUUUAUUCUGCAUUUACUCAAAAUGUAUAUAUUGAUGAAAUUAUUUUACAAUUAUCAAAUGAAAAAGAAAAUAAAAAUAAAAAUAAAAAAAUCUUGUAUGUUCAUUUCAAAAAACAAAAUGAUGAUUAUAAUAAAUAUAUUAUAAAAGAAGGUUUGAAUCAUAUUAAAUUAAAUAUUAUUAACCUUUUGGAAUCAAAAAAAAUAAGUUGGAAACAUUUUUAUUAUAAAGUGAAAUAUGUCUUUCUUGUUAUUAAUAAUUUUGCUUUGUAUCAUAAAAUAGGUGUUAUUCCUAAUAAAAAUUUAAUUCAACCAUUUAUAAAGUCAUAUAGCAAAUUUAUAACAUCAAAUUUUAUAGUAAUCGAUCAGAACAAAAAUAAUAAGAAUAAUAUAAUUAAUACUACUACUCUUGGUAGUAAUCAAUCUAUAUAUAGUAAUUUUUUUAUUGAUCAAUUAUUAAGUCCAUUAUAUAUUAAAAUUGAAACAUUGAAUUCUUUAUUGAAUUGUAAUAUGUUAGCUUCUUUUCUAAACAGCACAUCAUUAAUUUAUGAUAACAUGAAUUAUAUCAAACUGGUUAUUAAUAAUAAUUACAAUAAUUACGACAAUUACAAUAGUAAUUACAAUAAUAAUUAUUAUAAUAAUAAUUUUUAUCAGAAUCAACUUUUAUUUUCAAACAUACAUAUGUAUGAUACAACAUAUGAAGAUCAUAAAUUUAUUCCCAAUGAUUUUUUUAAAAAAAAUAUUCACGUUUUGAUUAAUAAAAUGGAUCAAGAUCCAAAUUAUUAUAAGAAUGAAUUUUUCACAUCAACAGAUUCAAUUCUUUUUUAUGUCGAAAAAAAUGAAGAAGACAAUAUAUGUAUUGAUCAAAUUAAAAUAUUAGAUGAAGAUGAUAUUAAUCAUUUGAAUGAAAAAAAUAAUAACGUUCAGGGUGUAGCAAAAAUUUCGAAUAAUAAUUAUAAUAAUCAUAUUGACCACUCAAAUUAUUUUCUUUGGAAUAAUCAACCAUUUUUUAAUGAAAAUAAACAUUUAUUAAAUCAUAAAAAUUUUGAAAAAGUUUAUGCUAUAAUAUCAUUUAUGCCAACUAAAAAAAAAAUUAAUAAUUAUAAUGUUCAUAAUUAUUUAGGACAACAUACAAACAUUGAUCAUUUAACUAGUACACAUGAACAAAUAAAUGAUAAUUCAACAGAUAAACAAAAUAACAAUAAUAUUUCUCCUUUACAUACAAAUCAUAAUAACAUUAAUUAUUUAUAUGGUAUUCCAAAUUUAUGUUAUGAUAAAAUAACCAUAAAAUGCAUAAUAAACAUAAACUUAUCUAAUAUAAAAAGAAAAGUAAGAAAAACGGAUACACUUAAAUUAUUAAACGUUCAUUUUAUGGGGGAAAUGAUAUUUGAUCAUUUUAAUAAACAUUAUGAUGAUAAACAAGAACGUGAAGAUUUAAAUGAACAUAUAAAUGGACAUAUAAAUGAACAUAUAAAUGGACAUACAAAUGGACAUAUAAAUGAAUAUAUAAAUAAACAUAUAUAUGAAGAUAAUAUAUCAAGUGAAUUCCAUUUAAAUAAUCAAAUAUUUUUAGAAAAAACGUUUAAUGUUGUUAAUAUUUUUCAUGAUCAAAUUAAUACAUAUCGAUCAACCAACGGAAUGAUGUAUGAAUUAGUUAUGAAAUUACAUAAUGAUAAUUAUCCUAUAUAUUUAAAAAACUUACAUAUUUCUAUUUUAAAAAAUUUAAAUACACAUAUAAAAAAUACCAAAAUUUUUUUUUUAAGCCAAAAUAAUGAUGAAAAAAAAUAUCAAACCACAUAUUCUAUUGAAAACGAAAAAAUGGAUAUAGAACAUUCAGAUGAAAGUAAUUUUACCUUAUGUAGUGAAAUUAAAAAUAAGGAAAAAGUUAUUUCUUUUGAAAAUCAAGAUAAUUCAUUUGUUGAACAAGAUAAUAAUUAUUUCAUUGAUCAAGUUCAUAUUAAUACAGUUCUUAAAGGAGGAGCAAGUAUUUUCUUCUUAUUUGAAGUAUAUUAUAAUAAUGAUAUACAAAAUAAUAAUACAUCAAUAAAUUAUAGAGAUUAUCAAAAUACAAUAGGUAAUAUACAUAUAACAUAUGUAUAUAAAAAUCAAACCAUUUUAAAAUUUUUGGAAAAAGAAACAAUUAAAGAAUAUAUGUAUAAAUUUCAUACAUUAAUUCCUCAAUUUUUAUUACCAAUUAAUGUAUCUUAUAAUAUACCAAAAACAGGAAUGCUUCAUUCCAAUAUAAAUAUUAAUAUAAAUAUAUCUAAUAAUAUCAAUGAAGAUAUAUAUAUGAAAUAUUAUAUAUCCACACAUAAUAAUCAAGUGCAUAAUACAGAAAACCAAUAUAACUGGCUCAUAAAUGGAUUUCAAAAAAAAAUUAUUCUUAUAUCAAAAAAUUCUUCUCAUAAUAUCAAUUUAAUAAUGACACCCUUAAAAGUAGGUUUAAUUAAUUUCCCUCCUAUUUCUUAUUUUUUAAAUAUUAAUAACAACUGGAUAGAUAUUACAAAAAUAUUGAAUAAAAGUGAAAAUUUUCAAGUCAUAGUUUCACCUUCCCUUCAGUUUACUCCAAAGGUAUGGCAAAUAAUGUAA